AUGCACCUCGAAUGGUUGCUUCUUCUUCAUGCUAUUAUCACUUUUACAGUCGCAUAUGAUGGUGAUAAUAACAAGCAUUAUUCUGCUUUAAAUGAUGCUUGCGCUAUAACAUGCACAGGUGUGUCAACAGAAGUGAAAUAUGAGAUAGGUCGUAGUUAUGUAUUUGAUGUAACAUCUCGAACAAUUUUAAAAAUUGGUGACGAACGUGACACAGAUGUGACACAAAAUGCGCAAGCGCAUAUAUCAGUUCAUUCACCGUGCGAAUUUUCACUCAAAUUGACACGUACGUCACUACGAGGAAUGCAAGUUGAAAGUGAUUGGAGUGCUAUCCUGGAACGUUCAUCACUUCGAUUUGCAUUUGAUGAUGGGAAAGUGAUUGCAAUUUGCCCGAAUAAUACUGAUCCAAUAUGGGCAAUUAAUAUUAAACGUUCUAUUUUAUCAACUUUUCAAAUUAUACAUGAAGGAAUAAGAGAAAUUGAUAUUUCUGGUGAUUGUCCGAUAAUUAUUGAAAAGCAAAAAAUCAAUGAAAUAUUAAAUUUGAAAACAACAAAACAAUUAAAUUCCUGCUAUCGUAAGCAUGAUAUUGCUGGCAUUCGAGCUAUACCAUAUCGAUUAGAAUCGAAAAUACAAAUGGCACCAAUGAUAGAAGCAAAACAAAUAUGUGAGCGUCAAAUUGCUCAUAAUAAUCUUCAACAGGUGACAUGCAUGGAAAAUUAUCAUAUCAUUUCACCUUACAGUAAUGAUAAUAUUGGAAUGUUAAAAGUUGAACAAACACUACGAGCAAUUGGUAUUACAAAUUCAGCACCACAAGAAUCAUUUAAUAAACGCUUAUCAAUUACUUUUGAUUAUGGCAGUGAUAAUUUUAAUCAGAAAAAUUCAUUACAAUUUGUUAAAAAAAUUAUCGAUGAAUUAUGUGAAUCAAAUGAUCGCAUUGAUGCAAAUACAGCAAUACAAUUUGCUAAUUUGGUUUAUAAUCUUCGUGGAUUAUCACUGAUGGAAUUAUCAUCAAUUGCAAAUUUACAAUGUGAUAUAUUUAUUGAUGCCUUAUCAGCAUGUGCUUCAUCUUCUUGCAUACAGCAAAUUGGCAAUUUGAUUAAUUCACGCCUUAUCACUAAUGAAUUCAUUUUUUCAUCACUAGCAAUGUUAUCAAAUCCAACAAUUGAUAUUAUCAAUUCAAUUGCUACAUUUAUUGAUAAUAUUCCAUUUCAUGGUUUCUUAGCAAUUUCAUCGUUGGUACAAUCAUAUUGCAUUACACAUUCAAAUUGUCAAAUGGAAUUAUCAGUGCAACGUAUCAUACAUAGUAUUUCAUCUAAAUUACCAUCUAAUUGUUAUGUUGGACAAGAAUUUGAUGAAAUUAAAAAAGCAGUGAUAAUUUUGAAAUCAAUUGGAAAUAUUGGUUACGAAGAGUAUUCGUUAUCAUUGUUAUCAGCAUGCAUUUCAAAUGAUCAAAUUUCAAAUGAAAUUAAAAUUGCUGCAAUUGAUGCAUUACGUCGAAAACCGUGCACACAUCAACGGAAUAGUAAAAUUAUUGAAUUAUUCCGUAAUCAAAAGGAAAAUACAGAAGUAAGAAUAAUUGCAUUUCGACAAUUAAUGGAAUGUGCAAAUGAUGAAUUAUUAAAAAUUAUUAUUGAACAAUUAAAUAAUGAAACUAUUAAUCAAGUUGGAUCAUAUAUUUGGUCAUAUUUAAAUACUAAACAACGUUCAACAAAUCCAGGAAUACGUAAUUUGCAAUAUAUAUUAAAAAGAUUUCACAUUCCAAAACGUUAUAAUUUAGACUUAAGUCGUUUUUCACGUUACUCUGAAUUAGGAUACUUUGAUAAAGAGAAUAACUAUGGUGGCCAUAUGGAUACAUCAAUAUUACUUAUACCAAAUGGAUAUAUACCACGUCAAAUAGCAUUUAAUUUUACAAUUCAUUUAUUUGGAAAAAGUAUAAAUAUUUUGGAAAUUGGUGCACGAGCUGAAGGCUUAGAGAAAGCGGACGAGGAAUUAUUUGGCGCAGAUGGUUACAUAAGCAAUCCGAACGGACAUAUCUUUCGAGAAAAGCAAUUUCAAUCGAAAUAUUCUAAAUUGAAUUAUUUGAAUGAAUUAUAUAGAAGACGAAAUAGAAAUAUUGAAGAUUUGCUAAGAUUAACUAUUUAUAUUAGAAUGUUUGGUGAUGAUUUAUAUUAUUAUGGCUAUCAAAUGGAACAACAUCAAUUAAUUGAUAAAAUCAAAGAAAAUAUUGAAAUUGAUAAAGUAUUAGCAAAAUUAAUGGAAGAGAAGACAAAAAAGCUUUCACGCUAUAUGCUUUUAUUUGAAUUAUCACAAACACUACCAACACUAUCUGGCUUAUCAUUUCAAUUCCUAUUAAAUGUAUCAUUUGCAGCUAAGCUAAAUAGUAAAUUGAAAUUAAAUUUUGUAAAUUUAUUGCAACGAAAAUUUGAUGCAAGCAGUCAUAUUGACAUACAUCCAUCAAUAUCAAUCGCAAGAAGUGGCACAAUAGUAUUACGCGCAGGUAAUAUAGUGACAGGUGCUAUGAUAACAUCAAAUUUGUAUGCUGCAACAACAAUUUCACAAACAAUGGAAAUGAUUGAAGGAAAAAAAUUAUUAUUUAAAAUUGAUAUUCCACACAAAGAACUUUUUGUUACAAAAAUAAGUCAUGAUAUUAUCAAAAUUGAUAGUAAUCGUUAUCAGUCAUUUAUCAUUAGACGACACAGUGAUCAAAAAAUACAAAAACGUUAUUGUUCCGGUGAUAUCUUAGCAAAAAUUCUUGGAAUUCAAGCAUGCAUCGAUUUUUAUGCAAAUUUCCCAGUAAUGGAAGGAAGUAUUAAAGUGGAAAAAAUUGAUCACAGCUUGAAUAGUUUUGAAUUUCUUUUAGAAAGAAUUAGUAAUAGAGGAGAGCAAAAAUUGUUAAUUAGAAUUGAUACACCAGGAUCGAAAAUUAAUCGAAAAAUUGAAACUGAUUUUGAAAUUUCAAUUCCACGUAAAAAACUUAAAGUUGGUAUUGUUACUCCAAUUAAAACAAUUGUGCUAGAUGGUAAUUUACAACAAAUGCAACAACAAUUGGAUGAUUAUGCGACAAAUCUUAAACUUAUCAUUGAUGAUAAAGUUUACAUUCUUGAUGGCAUUUUAAAGAUUACUAAACAAGGAGAAUUAAAUUUGUAUAAAUUAAAUGCAAGAAGUAUUGCUAAAAGUGUUACAAUAGCAGAAAUUACAACAGAAUUACAAUUUAACAUUGUUAAACCUUACGCAAUGUUUGAUUUUCAUUUGGAUAAAAUUUUUGAUAAAGCAAUUAUUUUUAAAAUUUUAAUCAAUCCACAAACACCAAAAUAUGAAGGUAAAUUGGAAUAUUUGGGACCAAAUUUUAAUGGAAAAUUUGAUACAACAAUUAUUCAUCAAGGAAUGAUUAAUUUAAAAGGUACAAUAAGUGGUGAAUAUCAAAUUGAAAAUUAUUCAAAACAAACACUUGAAAUUGGAUUUGAACAAAUAUUUCAAAAAAAAGGAAGUAAUCAUCAUUUCAAAAAUGCUAUUUAUGCUAUUAGUACUGCAUUUAACAGAUUAGAUUUUCAAAUAAUUUCUAAUCGUACUGGCAAUAAUAUCAAAAAUUUAUUGGAUGCAACUUAUUUUGGAAAAAAAUUCUUAGCAAAUUUAGACGUAAUACGUGAUCCUAAUAAUAUUUACACGGCUAUUGGAAGGGUAAAAUGUGAUCAAUUUGAUAUUGAUAAUAAAUUAAAUAUUAUCUAUCAAAAUCAUUUUCCACUACAAUUCAUGUUGAAAAUUGACGUCGAAACGCCAAAAAUACGAAAUAUUCACGCUUCAGCCGAAUAUGCCAUAAAAGUCAAUCCAAAAUGGAAUUUCAAAGGAAAUAUGCUACUUCGUUAUUUUGACCAUGAAAUUACAUUAAAUAAGCAAAUUGAUGAAGUGACCAUCGGUCAGUAUAAAAUGCAAACACAUUUACAAUGGAAUAGAAAUGAGAGAAUUAAUGCAUUAUCUGAUAUUAUAUUUCGUCCUCGAGAAAAUGAAUAUACCAUUGAAUCAACAGUUAAUGUUGCCGGAUUAAAUGAACCGUUAAAUAUAAGAAAGCAUAUCAAAUAUAAUUAUGAUUACUACAACAUACAAUGGCAUGCAAAACAAGGUGGUCAAACAAUAUAUGAUUUAACAAUUAAUCUUAUUGGCCAAUUUGGCAAUCAACAAAAAAUUAAUUUUAAUAUUUACACCGAAAAAUUUGAGCCAAAAAUUAACUAUCAAAUGACAGGUGAGUUACAACCAUCUAUGAAUAGUAUAACAGCGCUUGCAACAAUACGUAAAGAUGGUAAUCAUUUUGGUACAGGUAGUAUUAUCCUACCAAAAACAUUCAAUCUACCUAAUCAACAAUAUCGAGGUGAAUUUAAUUGGAUUUAUCAACAGAGACCAAAUAAAAUAGUAAUGGAAUAUAAUCAAUUAAAGCAUUCAUAUGGUACAGUUUAUGCAAUAAAACUCGAAUCGAAUAAUGAUAUUAAUUUGAAAUUACAUUAUGAUCGUCAAUAUGAUAAAAUAAUUUUUAAAUGUGAUUUGGAUAAAAAUCAUAUUCGAACUAUUUCAAUGACACUCAAUGCAACAUCAUUUCGUUGGGAUUUAUUUGAAAUUGAAACUCAUUUAAGUACUGAUAAACCAUUACAACAACAAUCAAUUAAAACAAAAGGAGGUUUUCUCUAUCGAACUGAUCAAGCAAAUAUUGAAGGAUUAUUUGAAAUAAAUGAUAAACGCUAUGGUAUUGAAGGUUAUUGGCGUAAAAUAAUGCAUGAUGAAAGUAGCAGAGCAUAUAUUUAUGCUAGCAAAUUUAUGACACCUCAAAUUGGAAUAAACUUUGAGCAACAAUUGGAAGUGGAAAAAAUUAUUUCAAUACGAAAAGCAAAAACAAUUUUUGCGCUUAUCAAUGCUGGAAGAAUAUUAAAUUUAACAAAUGAAAUUAAAAAUGAUAUUACAUCAAUUAGUGCUAUCACUGAUAUUAUCGGAAAUGAAAUGAUAUUGAAGCAUACGAUCGAAUAUAAUCAUAGAAAUGGACAAAGAAUAUUGAACAAAUAUUUAAAAUUUAAUGAAAAAGUGUUAAAUAUGAAUUUGUCAACAAUUUAUCGUCAACGACAAGUUCAAAUAGACAUUAGCGCUUUAACAAAUUUUGGUAUAAUUCAAUAUGGCAAAAUUAUGUUUGAUUGUCAUAAAGGUCAAACAUUUUGGAAUUGUGAUGCAGAAACUAAUGUAAACAAACAAUUUGUGAUUAAAGGAUAUGAAAUGUUAUCAGCUCAAAAUACUGAUAUUGGUUAUUUGAUAAAAUUAAGCUAUUUGAUGAAUAGCGAAGGAAAAAUUAAAUUUAAUAUUGAUAAUGAAGCAUCAAAGUAUAAUGCAAAUGCUAUGUUACGUCAUGCUGAUAUUUUAUAUAAUUUGGAAUUGGAUGUAAAUAAUAAUAAAGGUAUUGUAAAAUUUCAAACACCAACAUAUUUAAUCAAUCCACAGGUAAGAAUAAUAAGAAAAGGACCUACUGAAUUUGAAAUUCAUAGUGAAAAUGAAAGUGGUGGACGAAUAUAUGCACAUAUUAAGACCGGUGAUUAUGAUAAAUUACUAAAAAUGAAGAUAACAGAAAUACCGGAAGCAUUUGAGUUGCAUUUGGAAAAUAGUUUAAUUAGUGAUAAGCAAAAAUCAAUUGCUAAAUUAACAGUUGAUCCAUCUGGAAAAAAUAAGACUUACGGAAUUGAAAAUGAAAUUGAGGUUGAAGGUGAAACAUUCCGUGCACUACGUUCAACCGUAAUACAACCGAAACGAACGAUAAAUAUUGCAAUACUUCGACCAACAAACAAUAAAUAUGCCUUAUCAGUACAACCAAAUGUUGGUGGUAGAAGACAACCAACUGUGGCCGAAAUGACAUAUCAAAAGACAAUUGAUGGUUAUCACUGGGAAGGAAGUAUUUCUGAUCAAGCAUUGAUAACACCAUUGCAAGCAAAAAUAAUUUAUAAAAAAGAUGAAAAAGAUAAAAAUAAUUAUCGAUUAGAUUUACAAACAGAAUUUAUCUAUAGUAAUCAACCGGAUAAAUUGUUUGCUAAUUCAUUUCAUUUGCAUCGAAGUACUUUUGUACUACCGGAACAGAAUAAACGAAUUGUUGUACGGAAUGUUAAAAAUGUUAAUGAUAAUGUUCGAUUUGUUAUUGAGUUAAAAAGUACUCAUCAAGCAAGCAAUCUGAAUACACGUUUAUGGACUAAAAUUGAUCGAAGUGUAAUUGGAAAUGUUGCAAUUCCGGUUCGUGCAAUUUUCGGUUUGGAAACCAGAAAUUUACAGCAUCAACCGGUUGAGUAUUCAUUAGAGACAAGAACGGAUGCAGUUAAAUUUACGGAAAUUCAAUUGAAAUCACCAAAUUCAAUGUUGAAAGCACGAAUUGAUAAGAUAAAUGAUAAUCAUUAUAAAGUUGGAUUUUAUGAGAAUUAUCAACAACCAUCAAUUGUUGGUGAAUUAAAUUUGCAUAAUAAUAAAGCAAUAUUUGAAUAUCGAAAUGAACGAUUGAAAGAAGUUAAAUUGCAUGCAUCAAUUGAAAAAUUAAAUGAUUAUGAAGCAGAAAUUAAUUUAUGGCAUAGUGAAGUAAGCAAAAAAAUACAGGAUGCACGUCUAACGCUGCAAGUAAAAGAAGGUAAUGUAUGGAAGAGUAACAUUUAUAUUCGACCAACAAUAGAAAAUGAAAUAAUUAAGAAAACUAAAGAAAUAAUAUCAAAAAGUGGAGAAUUUCAUCAAAAUUCAUUUAUACCUGAUGUUAUUCGAUCAAUCUUUUUAUCACAUAAACAAAUUGCUAAUGAUAUUGUGACAACAGCAUUAGAUGAAAUUAUCAAACAAUGGACGACAGAGCAGAGAAAUUUUGCUGCUGAAUUUGGUUCAGAAUAUGCAAAAUUAGUGGAUGAAAUUGAAAUUAAUUAUGAAAUAAUUAAAGAAGCAAUGUUUAUUGCAUAUGAUCAAGUAUAUCAGGAAAUGGAACAAUUUGUUAAAGGUAUGACCGAGAAUGAUUUCAUUUCUCGAUUAAAACAAUUGUUUGAUGGUAGCAAUGAUAUUCGACAAGAAAUUAUAGCUUCGUUUAAACCAUUUAUAAAUUUAAUUGAUCAAUUAUAUAAAGAGAUGGAUAAUUUACAACAGAAUGCUGCAAUGAUUAUUGAACGUUUGGAAGAAAUGCUAAAAUUAAAGAAUUUACGAAGAGCAUUGGAAGAAUAUAAGGAAAAUUUUGAACGAACUGAUAUUAUCAGAAUUAUACUUUAUGAAAUGCAAAAAUUUAGUCGACAAUAUCAGUUAUCAGAAUUAGAAAGAGCUAUUGUUAACAUUGAAAUAAAUCGUAGACGUUAUCAGGAUGAUGCAUUUGAAGUUUAUGAUAAAAUUAAAAAUUUCAUUCUCGAUAAAAUGAUUGUAUCAACACUUAGCAAAUUAACAAUUGCAAUGUUUGAUUCAUUGGAUGAAAUUCAAAUUCGUCAAAAAUGGCAAAAUAUUAUAAAUUAUUUGAGAGGAAAAAUAACAGCGAACGAAAUGGCUAAACAAUUUUGGAAUUAUUAUUUACCAAAUUAUAAGCGUUUAUCAUCUGGUCAUUAUGAAUUAGAAGUAGCUGUACCGUACGGUGCUUCAUCAUUAGAAGAAAUUUUAAAUAAUCUUCAUCCACAACAUUUUAUUGCACUUAAAUCAGCAUUGAUUGAAUCAUUUGGCUUAUCAGAUAAAGAUCAAGAAUUUGCACAAUCUUUAUCGGAUACAAUUUACACUUAUAAAUCAAUAAAAUUAAAUCCAUGGAAAAUCAUUUCACUUUAUGAAAGUAUUGCAUAUAUAAUUAAUGGUAAUCGUUUUGUAUCAUUUGACGGACGUGUAUUCGCAUUUCAUCACGCUCGUUGCGAAUAUCUUCUUGCGUCAGAUUUACGUACUCAACGUUUUGCACUAAUAGCAAUAUUUUCAUCACAAGGAUAUUUAGAAACUAUUAAAAUUGAAUUACGUAACGAUGAAAUACUCUUUCAUAAAAGUGGCAAUAUACAAAUAAAUGGUGCACCAUUAAUAUCAAUUCCAUGGCAAAAAAUUGAUAGCAUUGAUGGAGCAAUUUUAAUUUCAAUUUCUCGAAAAGAUCAUUGGACAAUUUUAAAAACCUACGAUGGCUUAUGCAUACGUUGUAAUAAUCAAUUUUAUAUUUGUGAAAUUAUUUUAUCAGGCCGAAUGCAUGGACGUAGCAAUGGUCUUCUUGGAUUAAAUGAUAAUGAACCAUCAAAUGAUUAUAAUUUAAUUGAUGGUACAUCUAAUGAUCAGCUAAACGUAUUAGCUGAACAUUGGGCAAUAAGUGGUGAAUGUGGCGUAAAUCAGGCACGUGAUUUGACGUAUCGUGAUGACGAACGUUGCCAAGAAUAUUUUCAAAAUUCUGAUAGUCCAUUAAGACUUUGUUUUAAUCAUAUACGACCAAAACCAUUUGAACAAAUUUGCUCAAAUGGUGGACGACAACAGCACUGCAUUGCUACAGCAGCAUAUCAUCAAAUAUGCGCAAAUGUCGGAAUUAUGAUAGCAUUACCACAUGAAUGUGUGAGAUGUGAUGGUGAUUUGCAUUUGGAUGAUGAACGAAUGAUUGAAAAAUCAAUCAUUGAUCAUGAUAUUAUAUUUGUUGUUGAAGAAAGGAAAUGUAUGAAUCAUCACAAGGAGAAAUUAGCACAAAUAGCACAACAAAUUAGUCAUCAACAACGAUCGGUACGUUUUGGUUGGAUCGGUUUUGGUGGCGAAGGUGUGCACCAUGAACCAUUGGUGCAUUAUGAACAGAAUGAAGCAUUGAUGGAUACUUUAGCAUUUAUAAAACAAACACAACAAACAUUUGAAUCAAUUUCUGGCAUUGAACAAACAUUUAUUUGUCCUAAAAAAGCAUUGGAAUUUACAAUAAAACAUUUUCCAUUUAGGUUUGCAAGUGCUAAAAGUAUUGUUUUGGUUAUAUGUAAAAAAUGUUCACAAAAUGGACAUAAAGAAAUGCUUAAUAUGUUACUUGAACAAAAUAUCACAAUGCAUUUAUUAACAUUAAGCAAAUUUAAGACAAAUGAUGGAAGUAAAAUUGUUGGAAUGAAUGCAAAAGAAUUAUUGAAUGAAUAUGGGGCGCAAAUUGGACAACGUUCAUCACUACUACAUCCGCAUGAUAGCUGCUCAGUUAUAGCUCAACAAACAUUUGGAACUGUUUUCUCACUUAAAUAUGGUUUUACGAUAGCAGCAUCUCGAAUAGCUUACAAACGAGAAAGUUAUUGUUUCAAUUGUCAAUGUACCAUUGAUAGAUUAUUUGCGCGUAAUAUUUGUCGACCAUGUGAAGCAGUUGAACCAGCUGAAUUGGUAUCAUAUAGAAUGAUCGAUUCGGAACCCGAUAAUGAUCCACAAUUUCUUGACCUAUUCAUUUAA